AUGCGAUACAGCUCAAUCUAUUUUAACUUUCUAACUCUUACAAUUAGCAAUUUAUUUCACGUAAUUUACACGCAGCAGCUAACCCCAAUUAUCGGUGGUAAAUGUGAUACUAACAGUUCAGAUGUACCUAUUGGUGGGAAAGGAACACAGUUCUUCCUCAGAUGUGAACAAAGCUUACAGUCAGAAAACGGUAAAGGAGUUUGGGUAGUGAAAAGUCGUACUUUAUCAACUACAACAUCUCAAACAACUCCAACAAUACCUGUAAUUACCAUACUACCACUCGAGAACAAGCAACAAUCGUAUCAGACUCUUAAAUCAAACAAUGAUAUCAUUUGUGUAGAAGAUAAAAGUGCGCAAAGUGGCGAUCCGUGUUCCGUGUCAUCCGUAUGCCUACAACAAGAGCAGGGACAGUUGUCAUCAAAUUAUUUGCAGUGUGAUCAAAGGUGA